GGGAACACAGGCAGGGGCCGCCCCAGGCCCGGACCGUUGUCAGACGCACACGGCAGUGCCCGGAGUCUGCAGGCCAACGCAGAAUAAACGGGAAGGACUCGUCUGCGGGGAGCCCAGCAGGCCAAGCUGGAUUCCGGACUGCUGCCAAACACAAGUGGAGAAAGCAGAGGCCAUUCCUGUGCCUUUCACAACCCCCCCAGGAAGCUACUAUGACAAUGUCUCGGAAACACAAUCCAAUCCACCCUGGCAUAGAGGAGCACAACUGUACAGCCCAGGCAAAACCCUUCCAGUCCUGCAAGCAAGUUAUAUGUGUGUGAGAACUCGCCCAGCACUGGCUGGGUUGCCGAAGGAGCACUCUGAAAAGCAUACUCAGUUCCUGGGGUGGCUGCUAACGCUGCGUACCGUUCUAUAACAGCGCUGCCUUUGGGCUCCAAUGCCUGUGGGCUGGCAGGGCCUCGAGGUGUGAGGAGGGGGAGGGUGUGUGUGCUAACAGCUACGCUCUUUUUCUAGCCAAAGGGGAAGGUGGGAACCAAAGGCAAAAAGCAGAUUUUUGAAGAGAACAAGGAGACUCUGAAAUUCUACUUGUGGAUCAUCCUGGGUGCUAAUGCCAUUUAUGGAGUUGUGAACCUGGUGAUCUUCUACACAACAGCUUCCUUCUGGACCUGGGGUGCGUGCGUGUUCAGCGUGGCGAUCUAUGGCGCCAGUUACCGCUCCAUGAGCUCCAUGGCAAAAGCGUCUUUCGCGGACGAUGGCAGCCUGGCUGACGGGGGGAUCGACCUCAAUAUGGAGCAGGGGAUGGCAGAGCACCUGAAGGAUGUGAUCUUACUGACAGCCAUCAUCCAAGUGCUCAGCUGCUUCUCCCUCUAUGUCUGGUACUUCUGGCUCUUGGCUCCAGGCCGGGCUCUCUAUCUCCUGUGGGUGAACGUCCUGGGGCCCUGGCUCACGGCCGACAAUUCCGCUGCCGCCCAGGAGCCGAAUGAGAAGAAGCAGCGCCGGCAGGAGCGCCGCCAGAUGAAGCGCUUCUAGCUCCCCCUGUGGGAUGGUUUCGCACUAACCCACCAUCUCAACCGUGCUACUUCAUCAGGGAUGCGAUUUAAACCAAUCCAAGACCAUCGCGGGCUCUGUCUCACCCCCUCCUCCAUCCGUUCCAGGGGAAAGGCCUGCAGAGACUUCUCUGGAUGGUCUCGGCCGGGGCGCUCCACUAAUCGGGGCCUUGCGCGACAAGAGGGAGGAUGGUGACGACGGGGUAUCUGUAAAUAGCUUUUCAAGCAAGGCUGUUUGUUGGGAACUGCCUUGUUGGAGGAAAUAUAUUAAAGAGGAGAAUCUAAGC